GUUGGCACCGGGUCCUCCUAGUCUCGGGCUUUCGUGCAGACUCCCGCCCAUUCUUGACUUCCCCCUCUGCCGGACGCAGUUGCCGCGGCCCACCCGACACAUCCAAUCAAGAGCUUCCUUGCCCCGAAGUUGAAGUUGCUUCCUCGGCUCUCGUUCACCGGGCAUCUCUCUCACUUGCCAAUUCCAGCUCCGAAGGCCCGAACUGCUGUCUUCGAGCGGACCGAUCCGGCGCCUCUCAGCAGCCCGGCUCUCCUGCCUAUCUCAGCAUCACCUUUUAUACAUUUGCCCUCCCCCCCCCCCCCCUUCUCUCCACCAUGUCGCCGUCUACCGCAGCCUUCCGUGCUUCCCUCCUCCGCACAUCCGCCUACUCCCGCAACACCUUUAAACCGGCAUCUAGCGGUUUCCGUGUCACACCCGCGUCUUCCGUGCCCCGCGCCGCCCCUGUUUUCGUCUACUCUCUGAUCAAUCGUCGCACAAUGGCUACCGACGCCCCCGCCAAGAUCAAGGUCAAGAACCCCGUUGUCGAACUCGAUGGCGAUGAGAUGACCCGCGUCAUCUGGAAGGAUAUCAAGGAGAAGUUUAUCUUCCCUUACCUGGACGUCGACCUCAAGUACUACGAUCUCGGCCUCGAGUACCGCGACGAGACCAACGAUCAGGUUACUUUGGAUGCCGCCGAAGCCAUCAAGAAGUACUCGGUGGGCGUGAAGUGCGCCACCAUCACCCCCGACGAGGCUCGUGUUGAGGAAUUCAAGCUGAAGCAGAUGUGGCUCUCGCCCAACGGCACCAUCCGGAAUGCGCUCGGCGGUACUGUCUUCCGCGAGCCCAUUGUCAUCCCCCGCAUUCCUCGCUUGGUUCCUGGGUGGAAGAAGCCCAUCAUCAUUGGCCGCCAUGCCUUCGGCGACCAGUACCGCGCGAAGGACCUCGUCGUCCCCGGCCCGGGAAAGCUCAGCAUGGUCUACACCCCGGCUGGUGGUGAACCGCAGGAGAUCGAGGUGUUCCAGUUCAAGAACGGUGGCGGCGUCGCCCAGACCCAGUACAACACCGAUGAGAGCAUCACAGGCUUCGCCCAUGCAAGCUUCAAGCUCGCUCUUGACAAGGGCCUGCCCUUGUACAUGAGCACCAAGAACACCAUCCUUAAGAAGUACGACGGCCGCUUCAAGGACAUCUUCCAGGACCUUUACGAGGCGCAGUACAAGGCUCAGUUUGAGGCCAAGGGCAUCUGGUACGAGCACCGCCUGAUCGACGAUAUGGUCGCUCAGAUGGUCAAGAGCAGCGGCGGUUACAUUAUGGCCUUGAAGAACUAUGACGGUGACGUUCAGUCCGAUAUCGUCGCCCAGGGCUUCGGCUCUCUGGGUCUGAUGACCUCGGUCCUUAUCACCCCCGACGGCAAGACCUUCGAGUCCGAAGCCGCUCACGGCACCGUUACCCGCCAUUACCGCGAGCACCAGAAGGGCCGCGAGACCUCGACCAACCCAAUUGCCUCCAUUUUCGCCUGGACCCGCGGCUUGAUCCAACGUGGCAAGCUAGACGAGACUCCCGAAGUUGUCGCCUUCGCCGAGGGCCUCGAGCGUGCCUGCAUCGACACGGUCGACGUCGACGGUAUCAUGACCAAGGACUUGGCUCUUGCGUGCGGCAAGUCCGCUCGCGAGGACUACGUCACGACUGGCGAGUACCUGAGCGCCGUCGAGAGGAGGUUGAAGCAGAGCCUGAAGGAAAAGCUCUAAGGGACCAAUGAUACCAACCGAUACCAUUUCCGGCUGUUAGGAUUUUACAGGAUUUGAACCACAGGAUAUCUGAGAUUUCAUUCCG